AUGUCGGCGGAUUCCCACCGUAUUAGGUUUGCGCCACCACGAUACAAAAACAACUCACGUGUUUUCCCGAGGAAGAAGAACGAGACACUCCGAGAAGACAGCGUGGGCACAGGAGAGCUCGAUUGUCCCCGCUUUUUUGUUGUUUUGGUACCGGGGAUCGAACUCAGAACCUUGCACUUGGCGAAGCAGAGUAGUGGGUAUGAUCUCAACCUCUUUGCCAGCCCUCCUGACUGCAAGUUCCUGUGCUCUGUCUGCCAUGGAGUUCUCAAGAGGCCAGUGAGAUUGCCAUGCAGCCACAUCUUCUGCAAAAAAUGCAUUCUCCAGUGGCUAGCCAGACAAAACACCUGUCCGUGCUGCAGGAAAGAGGUGAAAAGAAAAAUGGUCCAUGUGAAUAAACUCCGGAAAACCAUUGAACGUCUAGAAGUCAAGUGCAAGAAUGCUGAAGCUGGCUGCUCGGUGACAUAUCCCCUGGCCUACCGCAAGAGGCACCAAGACUCAUGCCCGUUUGAGUUGAUCACCUGUCCCAGUGAAGGCUGCUCUGCUCAGGUGUUGCGUGGUGCCCUGGCUGAACACCAGCAGCACUGCCAUCAGGGUGGCCAGCAUUGCCCUCUAGGCUGUGGGGCCAUGCUGGGCACAACAGAGCUUGCUCAUUACAACUGCUACCUCAAGCUUCGGGAGGCCUGGAGUGAGCGACAGGAACGCAGCCAGAUGCUGCUGCACAGACUGCUGAGGCGUGUACGUAGAGUGCACCGCGCAUCCAGCCUCAUACGCCGGCAGCUGGCCCAGCUCAGCCACAUCCUAGAGGAUGAUUCCAUGCGUGUAGCUGAUGUGCUCCCAGAAGGCAGUGUUGGGGCUCAUGUGUGGGAAGCACAGGGCCAAGAUGCCUUAGAAAUAGAGGGGUAAAUAAAUGUGGAGCUUAGGCCUGA